AUGUGCUACUCUUCAGAUAAUGGACACUGUUUUAAUCCAAUUUUCUCUGUUCUUCAGGUGCGGUUUGUAAGCAGUACCUGGGUUUUUGGAAAGCUGAUGUGUCACAUCAGCCGGUUUGUUCAGUACUGCUCCGUGCACGUGUCUGUGCUGACCCUUGCUGCCAUCGCUCUGGAUCGGCAUCAGGUUAUCAUGCACCCCCUCAAGCCGCGCAUGUCCAUGGUGAAAGGAGGGAUUUGCAUCGUUAUCAUCUGGGUUAUGGCCAGCUGCUUCUCACUGCCGCAUGCCAUUUAUCAGACUUUGACAAGAUUUUAUAUUGGAAACAGAACGAUACGAACGGUUUGUCUCCCCAGCUUCCCUCCUCCUGCUGAUCUUUUCUGGAAGUAUUUGGACUUGACUACUUUUGUUCUCUUGUAUGUCCUGCCCUUGCUUGUGAUCUCCAUCACGUAUACCAUGGUGGCCAAGAAGCUCUGGCUGAGAAAUGCCAUCGGGGACCUCACCAUGGAGCAAUACUAUGCCCAUCAACGGAAAAAGAAGAUGACGUUGAAGAUGCUGAUGGUGGUGGUGAUUGUGUUUGCAGUAUGCUGGUUCCCCCUGAACUGCUACGUGGUAUUGAUCUCCUGUAGGGCCAUCCACAGUAGCAACGCUCUGUACUUUGCUUUUCACUGGUUUGCCAUGAGCAGCACUUGCUACAACCCCUUCAUUUACUGUUGGCUGAACGAGAGCUUCAGAUCUGAGUUGAAGUCCUUGCUGUGCGUGUGCCGGCGAAGGAGUGCAGCCCAGGGUCACGCUCUGCAGGACAUCUCCCCCACUUUCAGGCACGCCUGGGUUGAGAACUGCCAUUAUAAAAGAGGCAAUGCCUGCCAGAAGGCCAGGGCAUCCUCCCAGAGGAACUCUGCAAAGACAGACAUAUCCAGUGUUCAGCCCAUUGUGGCAGAAAGCUAAACCCUUCACCUGAUGGCCAGGCAGCAU